AUGACGGAGCGCCUCGACUCCUUCAUCGCGCUCUUCCUGCCCGUCUACAUGGUGCUCUCUGGCUACUGCACCGACCUCGCUGAGUUCACCAGGUCCGAGGCGUCGGAGAAGUGGUGCGCGCUGGAGCUGUUCGUGGCGCUCUGCGUGUCGGGCAAACUCGUCGGCUGCGUUGCCGCGGGGCUCUCCUUCACCAUGCCUUUCCGGGACGCCAUUGUGCUGGCGCUCAUGCUCAACAUCCGGGGCAUCGUGGAGGUGGCCGCCAUCAACAACUGGGGCGACACCAUGGAGGCGACGGCGGAGCACUACCCGUCGGGGCAGUUCGCGCGGGCGAAGCGGCGGUCGCUGGAGCACGCGCGGCUCAGCGCCGACCUCCGCGUGCUCACCUGCCUCUACAGCGAGGACCACGCGGCGGCCCUGAUAGACCUGCUGGAGGCGUCGGGCUCCUCCCGCGACUCGCCCAUGUCGCUCAUCGUGCUCCACCUCACGGAGCUCGUCAGCUGCGCCGCGUCCGUGUUGAAGCCCCACCAGAAGAGCACGAGGUCGUCCAACAGCAGCGGGAACCCGACGCCGUCGGACUGCAUCGUGAACGCGUUCCGGUACUUCGAGCAGCAGGCGCGCGGUGACCCCGUGUGCAUCCGAUGUUCGGCGCCGAGGCAGUGGUGCUCGCCCAUAAGCUGUUUGACAAAAUGCAUUGCCAAGAGCUGCUUCAGAAGGACAUGUCAGCAGGCCACGUCAGCAUGA